CUGUAAGUAACCGGCCGGCAAAGAAAAUUUAACCUUGCUAUUUACUAGGUAUCGCAGAACGUUACACUAUUUGCAGUUUGUCAUUAAAAUUAUGGGUUUUUGUGUCAAAGCUAGUCUUUUGUUCGUGACAUUUUUAGGUGUCGUAACAGAUGCAGCCAAAUUACCAAGUUCAUUUGGAAGAUGCAGCUUAAAAAGUCCAGAUUUAGAUGAGUGUUUUAAAAAUAAUACAGAAAGAGCCGUUCGUCUAUUAAAAACAGCCACUCCUGAGCUUGGUCUGGGUAGUCUAGAUCCACUAGAUAUACCUGAAUUAACAAUAGGGGAAGGAACUGGACCUGUACACGUAACACAAAAGUUUAAAAAUAUCAAAUUAUACGGUUUAACAGAAUCCAAAAGUCUUAUGGGCCAUGUUGAUAUACCCAAUCGGAUUUUGUAUACAACUUCCAUUACCCCAUACUUAAGACUGGACGGUGAUUAUUCACUGAAGGGGAAAGUAAUGCUUUUACCAAUUUAUGGUGAAGGCAAAUGCAAUAUUACCCUUAUAAAUACCCAUAUCAAUCACACCAUCUAUGCAGAGUCUGUUGAGAAAAAAGGAAAAGAAUACUGGCAUUUUUACAAUUACACAGUAACGUUACGACCAGAGAAAAUGAUCUACGAAUUUGAAAAUCUCUUUAAUGGGGAUAAAAAACUUGGCGAUCAAAUCUUAUCGGUUUUAAAUGAUAACUGGAGCGAGUUAUUCACUGAUGUUCGAGAUGGAUAUGAAAAGAGUUUUGGACUCAUCUUUCAGGGCUUGGGAAACAGGGUGUUUUCAAGAGUUGCUCUAGAGGAUAUAUUCUUAGAUGUUUAAAUAAUUUUGUGUUAUGUUAGCCUAAAUGAAGUAUUAUUAGUUUAAGUAGAUACGGUUUGUUUUUAUUUAAUAAAUAACUGCAUUUGUUAA